GUUCGAUUUUCGUUGUUUCCGAAUGAACGGAGUGCGGUUCGGUUUAGUGUAAAAUGACUGUGAACUUCGUUCGCAUUAAUAUACGAUUGAGUGGUCGCGCUCGUGAUUGAAGUAAAAAAAUUUUUGUCGCGCACAUUAAAAUACAACCAUAAAUAAUAUUCUGUAAAAUCAGUAAAAGAAAAAUUUAUUUGUCAUUUUAUUUAGUGCAUUAAAUUUAUCGACAAAUUUUAUCAGUUUGUUUUCGUUUAGUAACACAAAGUAAAAGAGAGAAGACACCAUUAAGUUAGUCAAAUGAAAUAGUAGAAAGAAAUCCACGAGAGCAAAAUAAAAAGAGAAUAGAAAAAGCAACGCCAAUUCAACACACAACCAAAUUCAAUUUAAAUUUCGUUUAAUGCGAGCAUUCAAUCGAAAUUAUUCAAGAAAUCUUGUCCAUCCCGUGGAAUAAGAGAUAAAAAAAAGCACAGAGAACAAAUAUGCAGAAAAUGGUGUGAGAAAAUUAAAAGUUAUGAUUUUUUGUAUAUGAAACAUCAGCCGCAACAGAGCAACAGCGACAGCAGUUGUAGUAGCAGCGCUGAAACAUAACACUGAGUUUCGUUCAAGAUGGGAUAAAAUGGCCGCCGUCUGCAAACUAACAUAAUAAAAACUUGUGAACCAAACUACAUCCCAAUAAAUUUGAGAAAUCACAAUCACGCGCACGCACACACACAAACGACGGCGACCGAUUCAAAUAGACAAUUCUACUUCAUCGCCGUAUCAAACCAAUUCAAUUAAAUUCAACUACAGUCAACGAUAAGAAAGCACACACACACACACUGGCUCCACACCCCAAAAAAGCUAGACCGAUAGUGUGUUACCAAAAAGAAAAAUUAAACCGAAAACAGUGACAAAUUCACGCCGAAGCAGAUAGAAUAAAUUGAUAAAUUAUCUGUGAUGACGGAAUCACCGUCCAAAUGCGUGGCAAUAGCGCGCGACUCUGAUGCGACAUCCGCUAUGGUUGAUCAAUUAUCAAAUGCGAUUGAGCAAAUGCAAUUUCGACAAAACUACACAAAAUUAUCGGCUGUCAAACCGAACUGGUACACUGUGCCCGGGUGUAGUAGCCGUCAAAAUGGUCUGAUUGAGAAAUUGCGAGGCGCAGAUGAGCGAUUACAAUCAAUUAUUGCUGCUGGUAAAUUGCAAAUCAACUGGAAUCAAUACAAUGCCGUUCGAAAUGGAAUUAAGGAGAUUUAUGCCGAACUUUUGCGUCACGAAAUGAAAUUUUGCCGUCAACACAAUGUUGAGCAACAUUUUUGGAAGAUACUUUAUCAUAAUUUUAUUGAGAGUGCACGACGUCUGGCGAACGAUAAAAGUAACAAUGACCAUGCCAUGAAAGAUUCUUAUCGUCAAUUGUGUCUGCAUUUAAUUGCCGAUGGCAUCGAAUUAUUUAAUGAUAUUUUGCGAUUGCUUACGCAAACAUAUGGUUUCCAGUUGGACGACUAUUUGGGCGUGGAGUGUGGCAAAAACUUAAAAGGUUUAAAAUACAUAAGUCUGGCUGUGGUAUCGGCACAAAAGUGUUACAUUUGCUUGGGCGAUCUGUUUCGUUAUCAAGCACUUGUCACCGAAUCGCAAAAAUUCGAUGAGGCUGCCAAAUGGUACAACAAGGCAUAUCAAUUGAUUCCAUCAAAUGGAAUGCCAUCCAAUCAGUUGGCCAUACUUGCGCUGUAUAAUAAACGAAAAUUUGAUGCAAUAUUCUAUCAUAUGCGCAGUCUAAACGCAUCAAAUCCAAUCAAAUCGGCCAAAGAGAGUUUGGUCAUAUUAUUCGAUGAGCUGCGCAAAAAAUAUCAAUCACUUAAUAAAACCCAAUGCCAGCCAAUGGCAACCAAAAGCGAAAAGGACGCCGCGAAAAAAGUAAAAAUGAAAAAUUUUAAACGAGAAAUAUGGGUGCAUCCGACCGAUGGCCAAUUGAAUUAUCGAACCGUGUUUUUGGAUCAGGAGAAUGAGUUACUCGACUCGGCUGAUUUAUAUAAAAAAUUCAUAUUUAAUUUUUCCCAUUUGCAUGGCAUUUUAUUCACAAAAGUUGGCUCCGAUUCACUAGAGAUUUGCAUGGAACAAACUCUGAAACAAUUCCAAGAGCUAUUGAACCACUCCACGUUAACGUCAUGUAUUUUCACCCUGCAAAAAAUGACUCAAAUGAUCAUUCUGAACAUUUAUUCUAUUGAGAAUAGCAUGCAAUUGUCUAGCUCAUCACACUCACCGUUGUCGCCGUCAUCGUCAUCGUCGCCGUCGUCGUCGUCGACGUCGCAGCCGCAGUCUGCUUUGGUGUUUUCAUUCGCAUUCAUCGGAAUAAUUUUAAAUAAAUUACAAUGUGAAAUGGAUGAUAUGCUGGCCACGGCUGACACUGACGACACCACCUAUGAGUCAAAAUGCCGCAUCAACGGAGAGACACAUUUCAAUGUUAGGCAAAUAAAUAAAUUCAAACUUUCCGACAGCAUAAAUAAUUCAUUAGCUGCCAUUUCAUUGUGGUGCAACUGGUUGAAAUUCAAUUGGAGCGCAUGGACAUCGGACGCAGUACUUGUCGCCGUGCAUAAAUUCAACGAAGCGUACGGUAUACGAAUAUGGGAUGAUUUUGCUCGAAUCACAAUGGCGUUAGAUAAAUUCAAUUUUGAAAUUGAUGAUCAAUUAUUGGUGGUCGGUGAGCCGAUCCAACAGCAACAGCAACAGCCAAACAACAAUGAAUCGUACAAAAGAAUUCGAUUAACUGAAGAUAUGAUAACACUUGGCAUGCCUUCCGUCAUUCGCAAUGAUUUUGUAUACCGUAGAAGCGACAUCGACGAACGAUGCGCCUUCACAAUUUUGCGGUGGAAGAAUAUUUAUGACUUUUGUACAACGGAGCUAAUGAAAGAAGGGUGCACGUUUUUAUGUCGUCUCGAUUUUGGUGAAGUGGUUGUUGCACAAUUGUUUAGCACAACCGAUGACACUGGUACAUAUAACAACACCAACGGUUUAUCGGAAGAUGAAAAAGAAAUAAUUGAAAAACCAUUUGGUAACGAUAACAAUAGCAUAAUACAAUCGGAUCGCGAAACACAAAAUGCAAAACAUUCAAUGGAGAACCAAUCGACAGAUGAACAUCAAUCAAAUGCCUCAUUCGAUGAAAUUCAAAGACUGUUACAACGAAAAAAUGAACUCGAACAAACCCAUAAAAUGCAAGAGAAACUUACUAAAUUCACUCAGGAUAUACUGCGUCAAACGAAUUCCGAAACAAUUUGCUUAGAGAUACGACCAAAAUAUUUGCUACCCGAUACCAAUUGUUUUAUCGAUUUUUUGCCAGCUAUUAAACAAUUAGCACAAGUUUAUCCAUUGUACCAUGUCAUCGUGCCAAUUGUUGUAUUGAAUGAACUCGAAGGUUUGGCCAAAGGUGAUGAUUGCUUAAAAGUCUAUGGUACACCAACAAAAACAUCAUUGAACGCACACAAAGCGUUAGUUUUUUUAAAAGCAUCCGGUUCAAAUGUGAAAUGCGCCACAUCAAAGGGAUCAUUUCUCAAUUCAAUGGCAUUCACUAAAGAAACCGAUUGCAUAAAUGCCACCGAAAGUCCAAUCGACCAUAUGAACAAUGACGAUAAAAUUCUAAUGACAGCCAUCAAUUUAACGAAACUUCAUUCGAACGAUGCAAUUACCGCAUCAAAACUUAUAUCCAUAUCGAAUCUCCAACGCAAAGUUGUUCUCUUAACAAACGAUCGAAAUUUAAAAUUGAAAGCGAUUACACAAAAUAUACCCGUUCGUGAACUUGUUGAUUUUAUUAAAUGGAGUGGCAUUACCAAAUAGAGCCCACACACUCUUGUUAAAUAUUAUUAGUACCGUAGAUAAAGAAAAAAAACUGUAUAUAGUUCAUUUCUUUUUAUAUGCAUACGCGACACACACACACACGUCAUAAUAUAGGAUACUAAAGAAAAUUGCGUGCUCAGCUUUUGUACAGAGAUUGACAAAUAUACUUUCAUUAAUGGGCUUUUAUUAGAUUAAAUAAACAUUUUUAUGAGUUCAACAUACAAGAAAUAAAAUGAAUGAAUGAAGCGUACCAUUGACAAUGCUUGACAGUGCGCAUAUACCGAAAUUAUUUACAUAAAUACGAAUAUGUAUGCGGAAGAUGAAUAAAUUGGAAUGUAUUUUCUUUUUUUUAAGAAUUGAAUUUGAAAACAAAACAAUACAGAAUAAAAAAAAAACGGAAACAAUAAAGAAGUGAAU